CCUAACAGAGGGACAAAAAGACCCCGUGAUGAAGAGGAAGAAGAAAUCAAAGCACGUCGGAAACAAGCCAGUGCACGAGAACACAGUCGUCACAGGGAAGAGGAGUCUGUUGCGCUGGAAGAAACCGAUGAUGAGAAGAAGAAACUUCUUCAGAUAAUUGAGAGGGACGGAGAAGAGGAAGAGGAAGAAGAGGAACCUUUGGAUGAAAGCUCAGUGAAGAAGAUGAUUCUCACCUUUGAGAAGAGAUCUUACAAAAACCAGGAGCUGCGGAUCAAGUUUCCCGACAACCCAGAGAAGUUCAUGGAGUCCGAACUGGAUUUAAAUGACAUCAUUCAGGAAAUGCACGUGAUCGCGACGAUGCCAGACCUGUAUCACCUGCUGGUGGAGCUGAACGCUGUGCAGUCUCUCCUCGGGCUGCUGGGACACGACAACACGGAUGUAUCCAUAGCAGUGGUGGACUUGCUUCAAGAACUGACGGAUAUCGAUACUCUCCAUGAGAGUGAAGAAGGAGCCGAAGUGCUCAUCGACGCUCUGGUGGAGGGGCAGGUCGUGGCCCUCUUGGUGCAGAAUUUAGAGCGCCUGGAUGAAGGUGUGAAGGAGGAAGCUGACGGUGUCCACAACACGCUGGCGAUCGUGGAGAACAUGGCCGAGUUCCGACCGGAGAUGUGCACGGAGGCUGCGCAGCAGGGCCUCAUGCAGUGGCUGCUCAAGAGGCUGAAGGCCAAGAUGCCCUUUGAUGCCAACAAGCUGUACUGCAGCGAGGUGCUGGCUAUUCUCCUCCAGAAUAACGACGACAACAGAGAAUUGCUUGGGGAGCUGGACGGGAUCGAUGUGCUGCUUCAGCAGUUAUCCGUGUUUAAACGCCACAACCCUGGUACAGCAGAAGAACAGGAAAUGAUGGAGAACCUGUUUGACUCCCUUUGCUCCUGCCUAAUGCUCAGUUCCAACCGCGAUCGCUUCCUGAAGGGCGAGGGUCUGCAGCUGAUGAAUCUGAUGCUCAGAGAGAAGAAGAUUUCCCGCAGCAGCGCCCUGAAGGUCCUGGACCACGCCAUGAUCGGACCCGAGGGCACGGACAACUGUCACAAGUUUGUGGACAUCCUUGGUCUGAGGACCAUCUUUCCGCUCUUCAUGAAAUCACCCAAAAAGAUAAAGAAAGUCGGAACAACUGAAAAAGAACAUGAAGGACAUCUGUGUGCAAUCUUGGCUACGGUGAGGAUUAGAUACCCGGUGCUGCAGAGGGGCCGGUGCCGCUCGGACAGCAGCCUGCGUGUCGUCGCCUUCCCGUGGAAGCAGAAGCUGGCGGCUGGCGCAGAAGCUCCCUGCGAGCAC